CCUGUCAGAGUCCACACAAACCUCUCCGUCUGUCCGCGUGCGCCGUUGUUUUGGGCUUGUAGUUGGAUGCUCAGCUGUGUUUUUUGUGAAUGGAGAGUAGACGCUCGGGAAGACGGGAUGGACAGAUGUCUUCACGUCCCUCAGAGACGGAGAUGAGACAGGCUCGGAUCUGAAACGACACUUAGACCUGGAGUAAAUCAGCCGUACAGUAACACACACCUGAGGAUCUGGACCGACCCCUCGGAGAGGAUGGCACACACAGACGAGGACCUGAUCGGAAUCCCCUUCCCGAACCACAGUAAUGACGUCCUGUGCAGUCUUAAUGAGCAGCGGCGGGACGGGCUGCUUUGUGACGUCAUCCUAGUGGUCCAGGACCAGGAGUAUCGCACCCAUCGCUCCGUCCUGGCCGCCUGCAGCCAGUACUUCAAAAAGCUCUUCACGGUGGCCACCGGCUCCAGCCAGGACUCCAACCAACACGCCAUCUACGAGCUGGACUUCGUGGCUCCGGAAUCGCUGACGGCCAUUCUAGAGUUCGCAUACACAUCGACGCUGACGAUAACUGCAUCCAACGUCAAGGAGAUCCUGAGCGCCGCCAGGCUCCUGGAAAUUCCCUGCAUUAUAAACGUGUGUCUGGAAAUCAUGGACACGGGAGGAGGUGGAGGAGACGGACCCCCGGAAGGAGAGGAGUUUGAAGGGGAGGACGAUGAGGAUGAGGACGAAGAAGACGAGGAGGAAAUGGAAGAAGAGGUCAACUCCAAAGAUGGAGAAUUUGAGGACAACAAUAGCGAGAAAUCCACUCAAGGGGCUGAAAACCAAGAGGAACCGAAAGUUUGGGAGGACGGGAGGACAGACAGCCCACCAUGCAGCUCCCAACAAGGGGCGCCGAUGACAGACCGGGAUGGCCAAGAAACCCAAAGACACAAAUCGGACAAUCCGGAAGCCCAGAAACCCAGAGGUCCGGAGGGAUUGGAGGGACGGGCACUGAAAGACUUCUCGAUAGAGUCCUUACUUCAAGAGGGACUCUAUCCGAAAGUGCCAGGUCGAGAAAGAGGCACCAGAUUCUCGCCCCUUCUCCCAGGCUUCUAUCCUCCCAUAUGGGCAGCAGAAUUCCCAGGCUACCCUCAGAUUCUGGAGCCACAGGAUCCUUCCCACCGUUUUCCCAAUGCUUCGUUGGAAAACGGCCCUUUGGACCUUGCAGUCAAGAAAGAAAUCAUCAAAGAAGAGCUGAAGGAUGAGCCUUCAAACCCUGUCCUCCACAGAGACUUCCUCAACGACUUCAUGAGUUCAGGGUUGGGAAUAACUUCCGACCCCGCUCUCGGAACGAUCAAAGAGGGAGCGGACCUGAGGUCCUACCUGAGUUUUCUUUCCGCUUCUCAUCUCGGGACGCUGUUUCCUCCGUGGCAGCUGGAGGAGGAGAGGAAGAUGAAGCCCAAGGCGUCACAGCAGUGCCCCAUCUGCAACAAGGUGAUUCAGGGAGCGGGAAAGCUGCCACGGCACAUGAGAACACACACCGGAGAGAAGCCCUACAUGUGCACCAUCUGCGAGGUCCGCUUCACCAGGCAAGACAAAUUGAAGAUUCACAUGCGCAAGCACACCGGCGAGAGGCCAUACAUCUGCCUGCACUGCAACUCUAAGUUCGUUCACAACUACGACCUGAAGAACCACUUGCGCAUCCACACCGGCGUGCGGCCGUAUCAAUGUGAGCACUGCUACAAGAGCUUCACACGCUCCGACCACCUUCACAGGCACAUCAAGCGUCAGAGCUGCCGCGUCUCACGCCCACGACGAGGACGAAAACCCUCCACCUGGAGGUCUACCAACUUCCUCUUCUCUCCAGAUCCCAACGCCCUCCAGGCAGACAGGACCAUGCGGCUCCCAGCCACCGGUGGCGCCCCCUUGCUGGCGAAAGAGCAGCCUACGGGAGGAAAAACGCUGGAGGAUGUCAAAGGUGACAGCCGGGAGACGGACAGAAAGCUCAUCUCAGAGGAUGCGAACAGGAAACGGGGCGUGUUUGCUUUCACUGUGGCGAGGGAGGACAUUCUGCCACACCCGGCCUUCUAUUCAGUGACCUCUGACCCCUGGGCCGUGAGACUGGAACGAGCUCCGCCCAUUCCCGAGGCCGCAAAGUGACUUUUGUUAAUUCCCUGAAACAGCCGCUCGCCUUGAACGCCACAAAGUCUUUACGAACCGGGUUCAGACUCUGUA